AUGGACUUCCUGGUUCUCUUCUCGUUGUACCUGGCUUUGAUGCUGCUUGGCGGUGGUCUGAUCUGCAUCUGCUGGAGAACCCAGUACUUGAACGGCCUGGUCCAGGGAGGAGCACAGGCGAUUUCCCGUGUAAUUCCAGAAUGCCUUCAGAGAGCCGUGCGGAGACUGCUUCAUUACCUCUUUCACACACGAAACCACGUCUUUGUUGUCCUGCACCUCGUCUUGCAAGGCCUGGUCUACGCUGAAUACACCUGGGAGGUAGUUGGCUACUGUCGAGAGCUGGAGUUCUCCCCGGGCCCCCUUCUUCUGCCCGCGGUGCUGCUGCUGGUGAACCUGUUCUUUUUUGCUCUUAGCUGUGUAACCAACCCGGGAACCAUAACCAAAGCACACGAGUUGUCGUUUCUCCGAGUGUACGAGUUCGACGAAGUGAUGUUCCCGAAGGGCGCGAGGUGUCCCACUUGUGAUUUACGGAAGCCGGCUCGGUCCAAGCACUGCAGGGUGUGUAACAGGUGCGUGCACCGAUUUGACCAUCACUGUAUCUGGGUGAACAACUGCAUCGGGGCCUGGAACGCCAGGUACUUCCUCUUCUACCUCUCAACGCUGACGGCCUCGGCGGCCACGGUGGCCAGCAUAAGUGCUGCGUUUCUAGUCCAGGUGGCAGUCUUCUCGGACCUCUACCUGGAGUCCUACAUUGAUGACCGUGGACGCUCCCAGGUGGUUGACAUCGUCUUCCUUGUUCAGUACCUGUUCCUGCUUUUCCCGAGGGUCGUCCUCCUGCUGGGCUUUGUCGUGGUGCUCAGCUGCCUCCUGGGAGGCUACCUGUGCUUCCAGCUCUACCUGGCCGCCACCAACCAGACCACCAACGAGUGGUUCCGAGCUGGCCGGGCCCGCUGCCGGCGCUGCCGCCACCAGGCCCAGCCCCCACCCGCCGAGCCCCGAGUCUUCCAGAACAUUUACUCCCACGGCGUUUGGAGCAACCUUGGGGAGAUCUUCCUCCCUGCUGCACUUGAUAAGAGAAAGACGAAAUGA